UUUCACCACUCCUCGUAUUUUAUUUUGGUCUGAAGAUUCUGUUUGAUUAAAUUUAUUCUCAUUUCUAGUUAUAAUGAAUGAGUAAUUCAUAAUUAUGUGUCAUACGUGUAAGAGACUAACAAUGCAGCGUGUGUGAUAGUUUUAACAACAUUAUACGUAAGAUGAGACAAGACACGUAAAUCAUGUCGGGCGGCAACGCUUCUAAGAACAAGGCGCGCUCCUCCAAGAGGCAGGAGGGCUGGGAGGAAGCGGGAGGGGAAUUCUAUCAGGAACUGUAUCCUGGAGGUGAACAGGAACUGUUUGAGAAUCUUCAGAGAGCUGAUGCAGCAAAGCUCGCAACGCUACUGCCUUCCAAGCAGGCAAGGAAUACGACUACAGUGAAGCGCGGCAGAUCACAGAAUGAACGCCGUCAGUCGACGUUUGCGCGCACCACGCAGAGCAGGGACAUACAUCUCUCCAUGUUACCCGAUCUAUCAGAUUAUCCUAAAAAUUUGGUGGGAAGAUCAGUCACAGGAAGAAUGGCAGAUGCAGCAUUUUCCGGGGACGGAAAAUAUUAUUCUGCCCUGACUCAGGAUGGCAGGCUAAGAAUAUGGGAUACAGAAACUAAUGUACUCAAACAAGAGUACACUCCAGAUCUACAUUUGACCGCACCACCAUUAUGUUUGCAAUGGAUAAGUGUCACACGAUCGGUGUCACCACAAAAAGGUGGACGUAGAAAAUCAAUCAGUGAUAAUGAAACACAAGCAAUAGCGUUAGGAACAACCAGUGGAAAGAUUCUAUUAUACUCCGUAGCGCAAGGAAAGGUGGAAACAGUGUUAGUUGACAAGAAAAAUCAUACUAAUAAUAAAGUUAAAAGUCUUGAUUGGCAUCGAAAGUAUGGAUUAUUGAGUUGUACAGGUGACAACAGUAUCCAGGAAUGGGAACUAGAGAGCGCUACAAUUAGACAUAGGUACAAAAUAAAUGUUGAUAAUAAGAAUAAACAAACAAGUGGUGUAAGCGCAAUUAAAAUAAUUCCACACAGUGAGCAAUCAUCAGCAAAAUAUAUAGUAGCAGCAUCAUGGCAACUCCGAAUAUGGCGUCUUCAAGACAACCAGGCGAUAUUGGUGAAGAAUUUAGGACACAAUGCUUCCCCAAGAGCACUACUGUCAUUGGCCACAGCGGGGAAGACAUGCUGGCUUAUAGAAGGAUCACAGAAUGAACGUCUUCUGUCAUUUUGGGAUGUGACGAUCACAGAUGAUCCACCAGUCAACGGUGAUGAACCAACACCUAAUAAACGACAAAGAAAGAAAUCCAUCACAGCAUCAGUUGUGGCAACACCAACUUAUAACUUCGUAUUAGAAGAUGCUCCUAAGAUUAUCGAUGUGAAUGUGGAAACUGACGAGGGUGGUUCAAAGUUACAGCUAGCAGCUGCAACGAGAAGUGGGGUUGUACACUAUUAUGAACAUAUGUUGAAUGGUGCAUCAACAAAACCAAUCAAGCCAUCAGUAACAGUACAAGUGACGACAGGGGAUGCAACCCCGCUACCCCUACAGUGCUGUUGUCUGACCAACACGGGGGAUCUAUUGCUAGGAUAUACUAAUACUACUAUAUGGACAUUUGAACGACUUACACCGGACCUAAGUACAAAAACACAAGUAUUAAUAAGAGGUGACACAAAAGAUAAGAAGAAACAGAAACAUACAAAUGAAGUGAACAAAGUCCGUGCUGACAGCAAGAAAGAUGACGUCAAGUAUGUCGAACCUAUGGGCGGGGUUACGAGGAAACGGACCACGCCGGGUGGACAGGUUGAAGUAUCAAUGGAAGCGAGACUGGCAAAUCUAGCAUUAGACGUGAAAAGUCGAGGGAAAUCUGCAGUCAAUCAGAACUUAACCAAAUUACUUAUGCAAGGACUACAUUCUAAGGACAAAAAUAUAAUCCUGACAGUGCUGCAGAGGGACGAGGCGGGAGUGGCGUGGCGCACUGCAGCACACCUGCCCGCAGACUACGUGCCGCUGCUGCUGGACCAGCUCGCAGACAUGGCCACUAGGAGGACCAGCCAAUGUGCAGCAGUGUGCACGUGGCUGGGGGCGACACUGCGCGCGCACGCAGCACUACUUCUAGCAACAACACCGCCACGACUUACACAGCUGCUCGCCAUACUUACACAUAGACGUUCCCAUCUAUGUCAGCUGCUAAACUUGAAGGGUCGCCUGGAGCUGGCCACGACACAGCGCUCCGCUGAGGAGGAGGACAUCGACCAGGAACCUGUACUGCGAUACGAUGACUCAUCAUCGGGCGAGGAGAUGGAGGCACAGUAUCAGUCAGAUGACAGCGCGCCCUCCUGGGAGGAGGGUGAGGGUGAGGACGGCGAGGCGGGCGGAGGACAUUCCGACAGCGAGGAAUCAGAUUGACAUAACAUAAUAUAUAAGUUGAAUUUUUA